AUGACAUCAAACACCUCAUCUGAUAAUAGUCUUGAUGGAAAUGGCGAAUACGAAUCCAUAUCAAAUAUAUCAGAUACCAAUAGUGAUGAUGAAGCUGAAUCUAAUUCUGAGGAAUUAAGCGAUGAUAGCUGGGAUAGUGAUAAUGAGGAAGAAGAGGAUGAACCGAAAUUGAAUAAUUUGAAGUGGAAUAAAUGGAAUAUUGAACCUAAUUUACCAACAUUUGAUGGUCAAUUUGGUUUAAACAAAAACAUUUCCUCAGCUACAUUGACAUCACCAAUCGAUUAUUUUCGUUUGUUUUUAUCACCCAGUAUUGUAACAUAUAUCGUCGAUCAAUCAAAUCUUUAUCGAACACAAAUGAAUCUAAAACAAGAACCAAUGACAGAACGUGAGUUUUUUCAAUUACUUGGAUUUCUUUUUUACGCAUCCGUCGUACGUUUAUCAUCAAAAUCAGAUUAUUGGUCACAACUAUAUCAACAAGCAUUAAUUACGACUAAUAUAACUCGUAACAGAAUUUCAGAAUUGUUGUGUACAUUACAUUUCAAUGAUAAUGUUCUCAAUUCAUCAAAAGUCAAUAAAAUUCAACCAUUAAUAGAUUUAUUCAAUGAAGGUUGCUCAUAUAUAGUAGAACAAGAAAAAAACAUAUCACUUGAUGAACAAAUGGUUGGCUAUAAAGGAACAACUGCUCCUAAGUCAUUACGUCAGUAUAUGCCAAACAAACCAACAAAGCGAGGAUUCAAAUUUUGGGUUCGUUGUGGUGUUUCUGCUUAUGUUUAUAAAUUAGUACUGUAUUGUGGCGGAGCAAAAUCGGUUUCGCAUCCAGCUGUUCUUCCAAAAGCAUUCUCUUCAAUAUCAACUAGAUCAACAACAAAAGCUACUACAAAUAACAAUCAAAUUAAAAAACGUUGUGAUGAUACCAAA